AUGCCGAAGCCCUCCCGAACUCGUAUCCUAGAGCGAGAGGUUCAGAAAGACGUUCAUGAGAAAAUCCAAGGUGGCUACGGAAAAUAUCAAGCUGCUCCUCCUCCCGUAGAGUACGAUAAUGAUGUCGGUGGUGAUGACACGCCCGAUAACGUCACGGUAGCCUCAGCCUCCUAUAUGGGCGAAGAUGACCGCUUUGACAUGGGACCAUCGACUGGCCAUCGCAAGCGAAAGCGUGACGAUAUGCAGGAUGCAAUCGAGCAGCUUCACUCCGUCCAGGCCCGAAAACCGGCCCGAGCCCCCGCGAAUUUCCAACCCAAUUGGCCCAUUGACACGGAUGGUCACACCGCAUUGCACUGGGCCUCGGCUAUGGGCGAUGUCGAUGUGAUUAGACAGCUCAAAAGAUUCGGUGCCAACCUCACAGUAAAGAACGUUCGUGGGGAGACUCCCUUUAUGAGGGCUGUCAACUUCACCAAUUCCUACGAGAAGGAUACUUUCCCCUCUGUCAUGAAAGAACUGUUCGAUACGAUAGAUGCUCGAGAUCACUUGGGCUUAACCGUAAUCCAUCAUGCGGCUACUACCCGGAACGAACGGAUUACCGGGCAAUCAUGCUCUCGGUACUAUCUGGACCAUAUCUUGAAUAAGCUCAUGGAAACUCACGACCCCGCAUUCGUCCAGCAACUCAUUGACGCGCGCGACAAUGAAGGUAACACGGCGAUCCAUUUGGCUGCGAAACGAAACGCCCGCAAGUGCAUUAGGUCCUUGAUUGGACGUAACGCCUCCACAGAUAUCCCCAAUAACGAGGGCAUCCGCGCUGAGGAGCUCAUCAUGGAGUUGAAUACAAAGACGAAAGAGCGGGUGCCCCAGAGGUCAUCGUCGCCCUUUGGCCCUGAGUCACAACGGCAUACCUCAUUCCGAGAUGCGCUGGGAGGAGACCGAUCGAGCACAAAGAAGCUAGGGGCAUCCUACUCGUCAGAGGCUGCCAACACUGUCCAUUCGCGAAUCUCGCCUCUCAUCUUCGAUAAGAUACAGGACUUGGCUCAGGGUUUUGAGGAAGACUGGGCCGAAAAGGACGUUGCAGAGAAGGAGGCGAGACAGAUCCUCGCGAAUAACCAAAUGGAGCUAAGCAUUCUAAAUCAACAGAUUGCGGAAUUAGAGACUCAGCUGGAACCCGAAGAUGUGGCCAACAAAAUCGCCUCGGAAGCGAAUCGUGCAAAGUACGAGGUCCUUAGCCUGAUAACGCACCAGAACCGACUCCAGGUGCAAGCAGCGGUCGACCAAGACAUUAGCAUGGCCAACGGGGAUGCCGCCGACGAGCCCUAUGAGAUGAAGCUACAACUGGCGCGGGAGCUUUCCGGGCUCCUGAAGGACCUUAGGCAAUCGGAAUCGGACUACGUGGAGGCCCUCAGUAUGGUGGGAACGGGCGACAAGAUUGAGCAAUACCGACGCCUCCUCAAGAGGUGUCUGGAUCCAGUCGACGCCGAGACCCUCGACGCAAACCUUGACAGUUUGAUCGAGAUGAUGGAAGAAGAAAAAGAAGUUGUUGAUAUGGCGGGCCAAACCGGUGACGCCAUGGACAUCGUGGCAAUAUAG